GUGAUGCUGCGGCCGCACGCGGGUGUACUCGGAGCGGCCCCUAGUGGUUCCGCCCCGCGGCUGGUGCUGCACGGGGAUGUGGCUGAGGGUUUCCUGCACGGUGGGAACGGCACGUCCUGACCUGGGGCGCGGGUGGUGCGGCAGGCGGAGAAGGGGUUUUCCCCCCACUGAGUUACAUCAACCAACCGAGAGCUUCAGCAGCGUGGUCGCUUUCCCGGGGGAGCGCAUCUGUGCCGGGAACAGGGACGUUGUGUCACGGCCCCCGCAGGGAAGGGCAGCGCGGCACGUCCCCGGGGAGCUGCCGGGUGCCAUUCCCGGUGCUGACUCGUGCGCCGGGAUGUGCCUCAUCCCCGCUGGAACUGCUCGCCCUGGGGAGCCUCGCCUCGACGAGCGCCUCCAUGGCCCCGCGGUUCCAGCCGCCAACUCGGCCCGCUCCGCUCCGGCACUGCCGCCCCGGCCGCUAUCACCACCCGGUUGUGCCCAGCUCUGACCGGGGAGGAUUUUUCCGGGGCCGCCGGGUGAAUCCCCGGUCGGUGAGGACGAGCCGGCCGCAGCCCCGCGGUGCGGGAAGAGGUGAAGCCCCGAAGUCCCCGCACCGCACACGGGGAAGGCUCCGGCAGCCCCCGGUGCACAGGCCGCGCUGGGCACCGCGGGUGGAAAACCCGGUGACCGUAAACCCGGCGGUUGUGGCAUUUCGCCGGGCGAGUUCCGCUGUGAAGUCACCUCGCGUGACCUCACCGCCUUUCCCCCGCGUCAUUUGGUUAUUUUCUAUUGCUAUCAAACCGGAACCCGCUCGUCCCCGCCCGUCCUUCCCCUGCCGCCAGUGUCCUCUCCCCGGCCGCGCCGUGCCGGGACACGGUGGCCAUGGCGCUCUGUGCCCAGGCUCUGGAGAUCCAGCCAGAACUUUUUGUUCACAUGGCAGCAGCGAACUCCACCCCACCUGGCUCCCUGGACCUCAACCAGCCGGGAUUUGCAAAGGAGAUCCUGGGAACUAAACUGGAGGUCAAAUACCUCUGCUCCGAUUGCAAGAACAUAUUGAGGCGGCCGUUCCAAGCGCAGUGUGGGCAUCGCUACUGCUCCUACUGCCUGAAGAAAAUUAUAAGCACUGGGCCUCAGAAGUGUGCCAGCUGUAUUCAGGAAGGGAUCUACGAAGAGGGAAUUUCUAUUUUGGAAACAAGCUCAGCUUUCCCAGACAACGCAGCUCGUCGGGAGGUGGAAAGUCUGCCUGCUGUCUGUAUUAACAGUGGCUGCACUUGGAAGGGCACUAUUAAAGAAUACGAGGCUCACGAUGAAGUCUGCCCUGAAUUCCCGCUGACUUGCGAAGGCUGUGGGAAGAAGAUCCCAAGGGAGAAGUUUCGGGACCAUGUGAAGAGUUGUGGCAGAUCUAAAGUGCCGUGCAGAUUUGAGGUUGUUGGAUGUGCUGAGGUGGUGGAAAAAGAAGAGCUGCUAGAACAUGAAAGGAAGUGCUUGGCAGAGCAUCUUUACAUGCUGCUGAGUUUUGUGCUCAGCCUCAAGGCCGGGGCUGGAGACCUGAAGCCCCUUCCUGCCCUUUCCUCAUCGCAAAGCGCCCCGCUACUGGCAGAAAACUCAGAGUCAGAGGUUUCCAGGUCCCUGGAGCUCCUGGGAAGAUGUGAGGCCCUUGAGAGGAAAACUGUGACCUUUGAGAACAUUGUCUGUGUGCUCAAUCGGGAGGUGGAAAGAGUGUCUCUGACAGCUGAAGCCUACAACCGGCAGCAUCAGCUGGACCAGAAGAAGAUCGAAGCACUGAGUAACAAGGUCCGGCAGCUGGAAAGGAGCAUUGGGCUCAAAGAUCUGGCCAUGGCCGAGAUGGAGGAGAAGAUCCGCAACAUGGAAGCUUCCACCUACGAUGGUGUUUUCAUCUGGAAGAUAACAGAGUUUGCCCGGAAGCGCCAGGAGGCCAUCACAGGCCGCUCUCCUGCCAUCUUCUCUCCAGCUUUCUACACGAGCAAGUACGGCUACAAGAUGUGUCUGCGUGUUUACCUGAACGGGGACGGCACCGGGCGCGGGACCCACUUGUCCCUGUUCUUUGUGGUGAUGAAGGGUCCGAACGAUGCGCUGCUCCGGUGGCCCUUCAACCAGAAGGUAACGCUGAUGCUCCUGGACCAGAACAACCGGGAGCACAUCAUCGACGCCUUCCGACCUGACGUGACCUCCUCGUCCUUCCAGCGACCUGUCACAGAAAUGAACAUUGCCAGUGGCUGCCCCCUCUUCUGCCCCGUCUCCGUGAUGGAAGCCAAGAACUCCUACGUGCGGGAUGAUGCCAUCUUUAUUAAAGCCAUCGUUGAUCUCACGGGCCUCUAACCCUCACCUCCAGGAGCAGUGACCACAGAGCCAGCCCCGUGUGGGGCAUCCCCCUCUUGUGCUGCACUUCAGGCAGGUCUCAGAGCAAGGAGGGGGCAACACGUGGAAGGGGCAAAGCCCUUCCCAGCAAGGGACCUUCACUUUGGGCGGGAAUGAGGUGUCUGAUGGGAACCCUCUUCCCUGGUGUCGGCAAGACCUUCCUGAGAAGAGGUUUGGGUGGACGUUCACGGUUGGUGGGGUACAAGAAGAUCUGCAGGGACUUGGGUGUCUGAACUGCUGCUGCCGCCUCGGCUCCCAGUGGAAACCAGCGCAGCUCUUACUCUGCCAGCUUAGUGCACAUCUGCAGUGCUCUGUAGUAAAACAAGGGUUUGCCCGAGCUCCACCUUGUGUGGAGGUUUGGCGCAGCAGCCCACAGCGAUCUCUGUGUUCCUGGAAGCUUCGUGCGCUGCAGGGCGCCGCCGCUCCGCGCCGCGGGGACGGGAGAUGUGCGCUCUUCCACCGCUCUUGUGGUACCGCUGGUGUCUGCAGAGAGCGGUGCUGCUCCGCGCUGUGUGGGAGCACAGCCCCGAGUGUGGCCCUCGCUGUGUGUUUAGAAUCAUAGAAUCAGACUGGUUUGGGUUAGAGGGACCUUAAAGCUCCUCCAGUUGUUUUGCUGUGGCCAUGAGUGGCUCUGGAGGGGCAGCUGUCCAGGCUGCACUCCAGGCUUUGCUGCCUUCUCUGCCUGCACUUCCCACACCGGGGGCAGUGUCUGAACGUGCCCCCGGGAAUGGUUUGUUGGUCACAGGAGGUGGCUGCUCACAGUGAUAGUGCAGGAGCCUGCCCAGCGCCAGUGCUGCUCCUCUGGGCAGGAGAGUGCGCAGCAGGUGGAGGGUGGUCACGCUCCUCUUCUUCACAGCUCCCAUGGAUCAACCUUUGAGCCCCUCUUUGAAGUCUCCACAUGGAUCUUAACCUGCGUGUGCAGGGCCGGGGCAGGCUCUGCUGCUCCAGUGGGAGGAGGGGGACAGGAGCCAGCGAGGAGGGUCCACACUGGAGCAGGGGCUGAGCCAGGGGCUGGGAACCCCCCCGGCGCUGUGCCCCCCCGGCGCAGCUGCUGCAACCCUGCUGUGGUACGGGCAGGGCCCUGCCUGCUUCUUCCCAGGGGCCAAUGGUCGAUGACUGUGUCCACCUCACAGAGCAGAGUGGGGCUGGCAGCUGCCUGCACCCUGCCUGCUGCCUGCUCAGAGGUGGAGGAGAGGAGGCAGGAUCCAGCCUUUGUGCACCCCCCUCAGCCUCUCCCGAGGGGCAGAUCCAGCCCCGUGUUGCUGCUUUCACCCUGUUGCCUUAGGAGGAAACAAAAGCCAACCAAACCCCAGAGCUCUCACCCAUGCUCCCACAGGCUGGUCCCAAGGGAGGCUGCCAGCCUGGAAAUGGGGAGGAAAACCAUUUCUGGGCAUUCAGCUGUUGAGAAUUGAGUGUAUUUUAUGGGGGGAAGGAGGCUUGGUGUGAAUUGAUGCAUCUUUGCUCUUGGGGUGCUGGACACCUGCUGCCCGCAGCAGGACCGGGGGCCUCUGGCAAAGAAGCACUGGGGGUGCUUGUGGAGACACCGGCUCGGGGGAGUGGGGGAGCAGGCGCGUCCCAGCAGGUGCCUGGAAAAUGGGUGGAAGCUGCAAGUGAAGCUCAGGCUGGUCCCUCCCAGCCCCGGGGGCGCUGGGGCCCUGCCCCUGGAGCUGUUACUCGCGGUGCUGUGGCUGCAGCGUGUCCUGAGCUGUGCGCAGGGGCCAGGGAAGCCCCAGUGCAGCUGGGCGGCGGGAACAAGGUUUUGUACCUUGAGGAUGGAGACUGGUCAGAACCACCAAUAAAAGCUGUUUGAAGAGCA